AUGGGAGUGUAUUCCAAGAACUCGGGCAAACCGCCCAGGGCCGCCAGCCAGAAACUCGUUUUGCCAUCGUACAAAUUGGAUUCAAAUCUAGUGCUUUUGCCAGGAAUAAUCUACAACGUGACAUUUUCCAGAUUUAAGGCAGCCGCGUUGCUUUCUAGAUUUAAAGACUUGGUAUCUCAAACUUCGGUUAUCACCAACUUGUUAAAUGAGUACGAGUUUGGAUCUGGAGGUGGUAACAGCAGCAAUGGCCAUGGGGGAGCCGACGAAAACCCUUUUGCCAUUUCGAAAGCUGCAGAACGUGGUAUCACCGAUUUCCAUCAAGUGGAAGUCCUGGGAAAACAUACACCAAGGGCUAAAGACAAGCAGGAGUCCUUGAAUGAAUUUGACUGGUUGGUUUUGGCGAUAUCGCCAAAUAUUGAUCGCAUCAAGAGCUCCAAGCCGAGUUAUCCCGAAGGCGUCUCAAAGGUGGCCACUGUUGUCAGAGUCGUUGGUAUCGUGGAUGAGUCCUCCAAUAUUAAAAUAUCGUUCCAGGCAAUCAUCAGGGGUACCGUGUUGGACAAUUCUGAGGGGGAACAUCAUGCCCAAGUUAACCUUAGACCAAAUGAAGAGUUGAUUGCGAUUGACUGGAGCACAGAUGUUUACGAUUUGAAAAGCAAAUUCAACACUCUCAGAAUGAAUUUCAGUAGGUUGCGCAAAAGCAUUGACGAUUUUAUCCUGAACUAUCGUCAAGCAUUGAGCAACAACUCGCUAGCCCUGAGAGGCGGCAAGUUAUCGUUGCAGAAUGAUCCCUCGAAGGACGGAAAUGCCGAGGAAGAGCAACAGAAAUUUCACCAGAACUUGCUUACAUUGAAUCCGUUGGCAAACGCCUUGUUUCUUCAGUUGACUGGUUCCAAGGACUUUAGCAAAGCCACCCAGAAUUUGCAAAGAUUAUAUUCGCAUUUCAACAGCGGGUCAAGUUUAGGUUCUGGGUCACAAGCUGAAAAGAUUGGCGAGAGGGAUUACCUUCGAUUGGUUGACUUGACGGCAGCAAUCUUGCCCUUCCCCAACUACGAGAAAUUGCAGCUCUUGAACAAAUGCGAUGUUGAGGAACGCGCGGUUGCCAUCAACGAGAUGAUGUUGCUCUUGAUUGAGAUUUUUGACAAUCUCGAGCGCAACAAUUCAUUUGCAAACAACUGGUUCCAUAAAGAGGCCUCCAAUGUUCAAAAGGCAAAUGUAGUUGCUAGUCAAUUGAAAUCGAUCCGUGUAUUGUUGGAGGGCAUGACAAGUAAACAUAGAGCCAACCGUGAAAAGUCACAGUCCGAUAGGGGGCUCUCGCUGCUGCUGCAAAAGGGCGCAAACAGGCUGGCGGAGAACUCUCAAGACCUGGCAUCAAACCUGGAAGACUAUGACGACGGUGACGAAGAUGGCGACGAAUUACGGGCCAUUACAAAGUUUGUCACUGAAAAGCUCCCCAACAUCUCCUCGCUCUCCGAUGACUCAAAGAGGUUGAUUGUUAAGGAUUAUAAAAGAAUCAAGGCGUCGUCCAACUCACCUGGUGGCGGCAAUGCCGAUUUCCAUGUACUCCGCAACUAUUUGGAGAUUGUCAUGGACAUUCCUUGGGACUGCUAUGUAACCAAGUUUCGCGACGAUAGGGAGAUUGACUUGCAAUCGGCCAAGGAACAACUCGAUAAAGACCACUAUGGAUUGCAGCAUGUGAAGCAGAGGUUGAUUCAGUAUUUGGUGGUUUUGAAGUUGUUGGGCAUCAACGCUUCGAAACUGAACAACAAUGAUAACAACAAUGACAGCAACAGCAAUGAAAAGGAUAGUAACAAGGGUGUCGCGGGAGAACAGACAGAAGAAGAUGCUGCCAACACAUCUCAGCCAAUUGUGAAAAAUGGAGAUGAAACACGCGCUGCAAAGCAAAGGGCCCAGAGCCAAGUGCGCAAGUCGAUCCAGGAGUCCAAACGCGGUAUCAAUUCUGCACCAGCAAAUGACGUGAGCAAGAACAACAAAUCGCCAAUCAUUGCCCUCGCGGGACCCCCCGGGAUUGGAAAAACUUCCAUUGCCAAGUCCAUCGCCAUGGCGUUGGGCAGAAACUUUCAAAGAUUAUCAUUGGGCGGCAUUAAAGAUGAAAGCGAAAUCAGGGGCCACCGAAGAACUUAUGUGGGCGCCAUGCCUGGUCUCAUCAUACAGGCAUUGCGCAAAGCUCGAUGCAUGAACCCCGUUAUUUUACUAGACGAGAUUGACAAAGUCGUUGGCGGCAACUCGGGUGCCAGCAAGUUCAAUGGCGAUCCAUCGGCUGCGCUUUUGGAAGUGUUGGACCCCGAGCAAAACAACACCUUCAUUGACCAUUAUUUGGGCUUCCCCGUUGACUUGUCGCAGGUGAUUUUCAUCUGCACCGCUAACGAGCCUUAUAAUAUGACAAGACCCUUGCUCGACAGAUUGGAAAUGAUUUACAUGGGCGCAUACGACUACAAUGAAAAAUUGGUUAUUGGUCGCAAGUACUUGUUGCCAAGACAAAUCAAACGUAAUGGGUUCCCUGUAGAAAACAACAACGAGACGGAUGCAUUUGUCAAUAUUCAGCACGAGGCCAUGAAGAGGAUAAUCUUGGACUACACCAGGGAAGCUGGUGUGAGAAAUUUCGAAAGAAAGUUGGGUGCCAUAUGCCGUUUCAAGGCGGUGGAGUAUUGCGAAAACUUGAGCGACAGCGACCGUGCUUAUAAUCCGAUUGUUGACGAAAACGACCUUGCCACUUACCUUGGGGUUCCGUUUGCUGGUGCCGAUUUGACGUCCAGCGAUGUGGCCACCAUUGGUGACUCUAAAGUUGGUGUUGUCAAUGGCUUAUCGUACAACAGUGAGGGUUCCGGCUCUGUCUUGGUAUUUGAAAGCAUUGGCUUUGACAGAAGAGUAAACAGCGGUGGUGGCGACCAAGAUGGCCAUCCUGGAGGCUCUGGUCCAAGUUUGAGCAUGACUGGUCGUUUGGGAGAAGUGUUGAUGGAGAGUGGCAAGAUUGGACUCACAUUCAUCAAACUGAUGAUUCACAAGCUGCUAUUGAAGUUUGGUGGUGGUGGAGCUGACCAACAGCGUCACUUGUUGGACAAGUUCAACAAUUUAGACAUCCACAUGCAUGUCCCCAUGGGGUCCAUUCCAAAAGACGGGCCCUCGGCAGGUGUCACCAUGGCAUUGCUGUUUUUGUCUGUUCUUUUGGAUAAACCAGUUCCAACCGAUUUUGCAAUGACGGGAGAAAUCACGCUCAGAGGCUUGGUAUUGCCCAUUGGAGGCGUUAAGGAAAAACUCAUGGGUGCCCAUCUCAGCUCGGGAAUCAGAAGGAUGAUUGUUCCUCGCGAAAAUAGAAAGGACUUGAUUGAAGAGUACACCAAGAGCAUCUUGGAGCAAGAAAGCACCGAGGGCAAUGGCGUUUCCCUCUCGAGAAUGGACCUCAAUUUCCUUAACGAAUUGCUUCGUGAUAACGAGCACAAUGAUUUCCAAAUGCGUCAAGUUGAGGAUUAUUUUGAAAGGAAAUACGGCAUUCAAUUGAAUUACGCUAGGGAGUUUUACGACGUCAUCAAGAUUGUUUGGGACGGAGAUGAUGUUCUUGCGGAAUCGCCAGGGCAGAAACUCAUCGAGUACCAUAUGUAA